GUGCAAGCAGCUGCGGCGAGGCCUUUGCAAAUGUUGAUUCAACAGAGGUAAAGACUGAGCCACAUUGAGAUGUGAUGUCGGGCACGCCUGAUGGCUUGAUGCCAAGACGGCUUCGGCGUCCUUGACUGCGGUCCCUUCCCGACGAGCAAGUGCCGGCGGCGGGGGUUGGGGCGCAACUUCCAAAUACAGGUGGAGAGGCUACGCACGGGGUGCAGUGAGCCGCUGACAUCCAGGCUGGCGGUCCGAGAACCGGGCGCUUGCAGACUCGAGAUGAAGACAAAAUAACUCUAAACAGAGGGGAAACAGCAUCUCUCUGUGUCCCGUGGCGCCACGAGCUCUUGUAUUAAUGACGGGAACCUGGCUCGGCUUCUCUGCCGCAGCUCCUGCACGCAAUGUUGUCCAGCCUGAGUAUCUCAUUGAGCAAGGAAGGCGCCCUGUCUCAACUCUUUUAGGCCGAACACGAGAUAUCUUGCGGCUCGACUUUGCAGCACGCAUGCACCCCGGCCAAAGCGGACAUUCAAGGCACCGCCGCACCAUCACCUCCGAACCAUGUGCCAGCGUCAAAACCUCUCGACCUUUUCACACGUGCCUGCCGACGCCAACAGAUCGCCCAGCAUACAUACGACCUGCUGCGCACGCGAUCAGCCCUGAGCCUCGCAGCAGCUCUUGGAGUGUUUUUCUUUCUUUCACAUGACGGCCAAUUGCUGUUGCUUCGUCGGGGACGCAUCCCGAUCUAAUCAAUGCCUUGGCCGCUAGAAUACUACCCCACCGCGGGGUCCCAAAAUCAACACCAACGUCAUGGUCCCUCCUGCUUUGCUUUGCCAUGCGUAGCUCUCUCGUGCGCACACUCAAGUCUCCCCAUCCUCAUCACCGUUUCGAGCCCCAAGUUCAGGCCCAAAAACUCCCCCCUACCCGUACAUGAUAGCCGCAACGAACCUCAUCUAGGCUAGUUACAAAAGAACGAGUAGGAACAAGGAGGGGAAUAAUAACAACAAUGUCCCUCACCAACGCCUCCCCCGAGGCCGCCGCCGCCGCUGCCAAGACGGCCUCCUUCACCCUCGCCGCGCUGCCCGCCUCGGAUCGCAACGCCGCCCUCGACGCCAUUCACGACGCCCUCGCUGCCGCUCGCGAUGACAUUCUCGCCGCCAACGCGCGCGACCUCGAGCUCGCCCGCAAGGCCGCCGCCGACGGCUCCCUGAGCGCCGCCCUCGUCUCCCGCCUCGACCUCGGCAAGAAGGGCAAGUUCGACGAUAUGCUGCGCGGCAUCCUCGAUGUCCGCGACCUGCCCGACCCGCUCGGCCGCGUGCAGAUGCGCACGCGCCUUGACGACGGUUAUAACCUCGAGCGCGUCUCAUGCCCCAUCGGCGUCCUGCUCAUCAUCUUCGAGGCCCGCCCCGAGGUCAUCGCCAACAUCGCCGCUCUCGCCGUCAAAUCCGGCAACGCCGCCAUCCUCAAGGGCGGGCGCGAGUCCACCGAGUCAUUCGUCGCCAUCUCGCGCGCCAUCUCCGCCGCCCUCGAGCGCGGGCCCGUCCCCAACGACGCCGUCCAGCUCGUCACCACCCGCGACGCCAUCGCUGCCCUCCUCGCCCAGGACCGCCACAUCGACCUCGUCAUUCCCCGCGGCUCAAACGACCUCGUCCGCUACAUCAAGGAGUCCACCAAGAUCCCGGUCCUCGGCCACGCGGACGGCCUCUGCUCCAUCUACCUCACCGCCUCUGCGGACGCCCAAAAGGCCGCCCGUGCCGUCGUUGACGCAAAGACGAGCUACCCUGCCGCCUGCAACAGCGUCGAAACCCUACUCGUCCAAGACUCGGCCCUGCUUACUGUAUUCCGCGACGUCGCCGCCGCCCUUGCCGCCGCCGGCGUCACCCUGCGCUGCGACCCGGCCGCCAAGGCCAUCGCCUCGGACCUCGUCCCCGCCGAGCGCCUCCUCGAUGCCGUCCCCGCCGACUACGAUACCGAGUUUCUCUCCCUCGAUAUCGCUGUCCGUACCGUCUCCAACUUCGAUGAGGCUGUCACCCACAUCAACGCUCACGGCUCCCACCACACCGACGCCAUCUUCACCUCGGACACCGCCGAGGCCGAGCGCUUCAUGGACCAGGUCGACUCGGCCGGCGCCUACUGGAAUGCCUCUACCCGUACCGCCGACGGCAUGCGCUACGGCUUCGGCACCGAGGUCGGCAUCAGCACCAACAAGAUCCACGCCCGCGGGCCCGUCGGUCUCGAGGGUCUCACCAUCUACAAGUACAAGGUCCGCGGUGACUACCAGGCCACCGCCGACUACGGAGACGGCGAAGGUAAGCGGCCGUGGAAGCACGAGAAGCUGGAUAUUUGAGGCGUCUGUGAACGCGGGAGUAAGAGGAGGACAUGAUACCACGCCGCCGAGAUUCUUAUUCGAGUCACGAAGGCAAGAAAAGCGCUUGGGCUUGCGACUAGAAGCAAUGAAACGAGAUUCAUCAUGGAC